AUGUCGUAUUUUCGGAGUCUGUUUGGAGGGCAAAAUGAUAACGUCCGUGAAAAUGAAAAUGGUGCGGAAGUGGUAGAAAAAUUGGUAGAACGGGUUGAGACGUCAACGGUUCUAGAAGAUCGACGAGAUGCCUUGAAAGUGCUGCGAACGCUUGCUAAGAAAAUGCGACUACCCGUUGCAAUGAUUGGAAUGCAAGCGUACAUUGAAAUACUGGAAAAAGAAAAAACCAACUUAGAAUUAGUAGCGCUAACACUCGAUAUACUCGUUUCAGUUGUUCAGGAUGAAGACGUAGAAGAAGGUGCCGAUGAAUUGGGUGAACGUUUAUCGGAAAUUCUUGUGCGCAAAAAGCAAUUUGUUGCCUCAAUUAUGUCCUUAGUCGAUGAGUACGAGUUUAGUAUUAGAAGGAACUUAGUUCUGCUGCUAACAGCAUUGUUACGGUACCGUGGUAAUGAGCUGCAGAUGGCUAUAAUGGCAGAGCCUAUGGGAGUUUCAAAGCUGGUGGAUCUUUUACAUGAAUCUCGAGAGGCUGUUAGAAAUAACGUCGUUUUGAUGCUGAGCGAAUUGAGUCGUGCCAACACUCAGAUUCAACAGCUUUUGGCUUAUGAGAACACUUUUCAACUUCUCUUUGAUAUCAUAGAGGUCGAACCAAGUGAAAGAAAUGUUAUAGGUAUUGUUGUUGAAGAUUGUUUAUACGUGAUGCUGAACUUAUUAGGCAAAAAUUCAAUGAAUCAACAAUUGUUUAGAGAAGCAAGUUUAAUACAAAGGUUGACAUCUGUAUUGCACACGUUUUUAUACGGUGGAAGCGAAGAAGAUGAUGUAGGGUGGGAUGAAUGGCCAAAGCAGAAAGUGGCAAAUGUUAUAUUUUUGCUGCAAGUCAUACGAAGUCUUGUGUCUCCCUUGAAUAAUCCACAGAGUAAUACAUAUGCUGCUGAGAAAGCUAUUAGUCAGUCAGGGAUGUUAGCCGAAUUGUGCACUGUCUUGCUUUCAGUAGUUGGAGUUACUACUGACGUUUUAGCGGAAACAAUUAUCGCUGUUGCUGAGGUAAUCCGUGGUAAUUACGCUAAUCAGGAGUAUUUUGCAGGCAGAACCUUAGGCUCAAGUUUAGGAAACAGAUCAGCUCUGCUUGUUCUUCUUAUGACAAUGACCGCUCAAAAGCAGGCAUUAAAACUACGCUGUGCUGUCUUCUACUGUUUUUUAUCGUACCUGUACGAUAAUAAUCACGGAAAGACUAAAAUUAUUGAUACACUUUUACCGUCUGCAUCAAGCGACAGUGCUUCAGGUCCUACUGCUGGUCAAUGCCUCUGUUCUGCCAUAAUGAGCAGCGAAGGAGUACAGGUUUGGAUGGGCUGUGUGUGCCUUAUUCACUGCCUUAUUGAUGCGGAUCACUUGAAACAGCAGCUUCUAAAAGUUCACCUGACAAUCGACUCUUCUGAAACUCCUACUCCUUUGAUAAGACACUUGGGGAAUCUACUGAUUUCACUGGGUAAUAGGAAGCCACAGGUCCGUGCGGGGCUUUUGAUGCUUCUAGCUGUUUGGCUUCACAACUGUCCACUUGCUGUUACACAGUUCCUUCAAGUUGAAGAUAUUGUCCAGUACUUAACAACGCAGAUUGAUGAGUGUGGCGCUGAAGGAUCUGAAGGAGAAAACCGAGUUGUUCAUGGACUUUUGGCUUUGGUUCUUGCUCUUUGUUUAUUGGAUGGGGAGGCGACAGAUAAUGAUAAAAAUUCAUUGAAUGCCAUAGUCGAGAGACGUGUAGGCAAUGAAAAAAUCGUAGAACUUCUUGAAGGGAUUUCUAACAGUGAACAGUAUGUGCAUGCUGCGCAACAGCCCCAACCAAAAGCAAAAACACCUGGCGAUCUUUUUCUAGAUUUUCAGUUCACGAAAUUUUUUAAAGGCCUGGAAGGUCAAAUUACGAAGCAGUUAAAACCAGAUGGUAGCUCUGUCGCUAAUGGGACGAGUGAAAAAGUGGUCUUAUCUUUUAAAGAAUUGGUGAAAAGGCAGGAUGAGACUAUAGCGGAGAGAGAUCAACAGUUAAAGAAGCUUGCCGGGGAGAAAGAAGUUUGGCUUAAACUUAUCAUUUUCAGUAAUGCAGCGCCGUGGCAGGCAGAAGCACAAAGGUAUAUGAAAUGGGCAGAGGAAUGGCAGUUGUUUGAAACUGGAAAGUAUACUAACCCUGCUGAUGCUGUUGUGGAGCAGCUAACGAAACAGGUUAGAGAACUGGAGGAACAGUUGAACGUCGGUUGGCAGGCGUAUGAAACGUUGCAGCAACAAAGCUACGCUCAGAUUACUCAAUUAAAUGAAAAAUCACAGAGCCUUGAGAAGCAAGUUGCAGCACUUUCCGCAGAAAAACAGAAGAGUAGCGAAAAUGAGGAACUGGCGGCAAAGAAUAAAGAGAUAGAAGAUCUGCUAGUUUUGCUUGCCGAUCAGGAUGCGAAAAUAUCUGAAUAUCGAAGGACGUUGGUACAGUUGGGUCAAACUGUCACAGACGAUGAGGAAGAACAAGAUGCAUAA